UCGACUGUGAUUGCCAUUUUGAACCUCUGUUCGGAGUUAGACGAUCGGAGGGAGGUCGGAAGCUUUUGGAGUUAACCGGAGAAGAAAGCGAUCUUCUUCUUCUUCCUCAUUUGGACUCUUUUCUCUCUUUCGAACGUUAAUGGAUGCAAUCAGAAAACAGGCAACAAAGCUCAGGGAACAAGUCGCCCGGCAACAACAGGCUGUUCUUAGGCAGUUUGGGGGUGGUUAUGGUUCUGAUCAGGCUGUCAACGAUGGGGCAGAGCUUCAGCAGCAUCAGAAACUUGAGAAGCUAUACAUAUCUACACGUGCAGCCAAGCAUUUUCAAAGGGACAUCGUAAGAGGAGUUGAAGGCUACAUUGUUACUGGUUCGAAACAAGUUGAAAUAGGAACUAAAUUAUCAGAAGACAGCAGGAAAUAUGGAGCUGAAAAUACAUGCACCAGUGGCAGUACAUUGUCAAGAGCUGCUCUUAGCUUUUCUAGAGCCCGUGCCCAGAUGGAGAAGGAGAAAGGAAAUCUGUUAAAAGCCCUUGGUACACAGGUGGCUGAGCCAUUAAGAGCAAUGGUAGUGGGAGCUCCAUUGGAAGACGCUCGACAUUUGGCUCAACGCUAUGAUAGAAUGAGACAGGAGGCUGAAGCUCAGGCUAUUGAAGUUUCUAGGCGUCAAACUAGAAUGCGGGAGGCAAUGGAGAAUCCUGAACUAGCUUUAAAACUUGAAGCAGCAGAAACAAAAUUACAUGACCUAAAGUCAAACACAGCAACACUGGGAAAGGAAGCUUCUGUAGCUAUGAUUGCUGUUGAGGCUCAACAACAGAGGUUGACAGUUCAACGUUUGAUUUCCAUGGUUGAAGCUGAACGUGCAUAUCAUCAAAGAGUCCUUCAGAUACUUGAUCAGCUCGAAGGCGAGAUGAUGUCAGAAAGACAGCGCAUUGAAGCGGCUCCAACUACUGGUAGCAAUAGCAUGCCGCCUCCACCAUCUUACGAAGAAUCAAAUGGUGUAUAUGUCUCUCCAACGCAUAAUGAUGCAACUGACCGUUUGAAUUACUUCUUGGGUGAAGUUUUGUACUCCUAUCAAGCUGAAACAGACACUGAACUUAAUUUGGCUAUUGGUGAUUAUAUCGUCGUCCGAAAGAUAAUGGGAAAUGGGUGGGCAGAAGGUGAGUGCAAAGGAAAAGCUGGUUGGUUUCCAUAUGAAUACAUUGAAAGACAAGAGCAAGUUCUUGCAAGUAAGGUAGCUGCUCAAUUGGUGUUCUAAACUUCUAAUCCAUCAUUCAUUAAUCUAAUCUAAACUCAAUCAAUCACAUGUUGUACAUCAACCAACCAAGAAGAUGUGUUUUGGCUUCCAAAUUAUUAUUACUAUCCUAUUUCAAAACUAGUAUUUUGU